AUGCACGAAGCCCUGUCUCGUGGAACGGUAACAAGUCCUUUGGAUCAGCCAGGACACAACAGCGGCCGUAGCAUUGCAAGGGUGUCUGAGCCGGCCUGUCACGGCCUCGUCCCACCUGUACUCCAGACACAGCGAGACGGACGGCCAUCCCAUCCGCCGUCCCGUGAGCCUCCGACAACGGAGAUGGCGGGCACUAGGCGCAUGCGAGCGGCAAAGCACAACUCUAAAGGAGUGACAGCAGACGGCUACGCACAGCUCAGACAAGAUCCCACCUCUCUGGCUGCCACAUCUCUCGCCGUCUUGGCUCCGGAAGCAGACGGCUGUGCCUCCCGGCGCCUGGAUCCCGGCUUCUCGCAGCUGGCGUCCAAGAGCAGCAACAGACAGCCGAUCGCCAGGUCAGAGCAGACCUGA